ACAAUAAUUGUCAGCCAAAGCAGAUUUGUUUUGAAAUCGUAACUCACAAUCAAACAAGCCUGAAAUGGUUUCAGUGAUCUAUUUAACAUGGUCGUCAUUCAACAAUAUUCGCCUACUGCUGAUGGCUAGCAAGCCUAUAGUAAUGUUCUACUUGAUCUGGCUGGUGAAUACGUCGGAGAGCAUUCGUAGCGAGGAGGGCACUUUGUUGGACCUCGUGUGCUGGCCGGACGGCAAUGCUAUUCCGGUUAUCGUUGCUUGCGUAGGCAUUAUUGCCGUUAUUAUUCAGAUUUAUGGAUUGUACCAACUGUUCAAGGCUGGUUUACCUAGAAUGGAGUACAACGUCACUAAUGGCCUCUUCUAUUACAUAUGGGCGCUAAUUAUAAUAAUUAUUUUAUUUCUGGCAGUCAUGUUUUAUUCCGGUCUGCAAACGACUAUUAUAAGAGCUAAAAUAAAAGGCGGUAUCACUAAAGCAAUGCUUCUUUACUCGAGCCACCUGCCAUCUAAAGUCGCGAUCGACCAGCUACAAACUCGCUUCCACUGUUGCGGGCGAGUGCAGUACCAGGAGUGGUUCUACAUUCCCUGGUACACCUCCGGGGCUAGCGGCAACGUCGUCUUAAAGAGUUCACUGCAAUCUACCCACAAGUUCGUCAGCGACAACGUACCGUACAGUUGUUGCUCUAUGGACGUGAUGCAGCCCUGCGUGCACCACAGAGUUGCCCACGAGGAUACAGUGUAUAAGUAUAACCCACAUCAAAAACUGACGAUAUGGGACGCAGGUUGCGAAGAAAAACUGAUAAAUGAAAUGAUGACGAUUUCGUGGCGGCUUAUCGCAGUGAUGGCGCUUAUUACACUAGCCAUGAUUCUCCAAGGAGUUGCGGUACGAUACCUGCACACGGCGUACCGAAGCGGGCUGCACAUCGGCAACCAGGUCGCUUGCGAAGCCUACUUGCUUCGCUCCGUGGGAGCCACUACCUCUAAACGAAUCGACUGUCCCAGGAAAAACUUUCGCAAGAAUAACUUCCACAAUUCGAGGACGUUACAAUGGGUGAAAGCCACUUAUACUCCCAGGAAGAUAAAGUGUAAAGCCACAUCCCCCGAUAUGAAUAGUUCCGACGAAUUAUUGAAACAAAUUGAUGGAGAAUAG